GAAAUGGCAGAAAGAAAUGACACUGCAGUGACUGAGUUCAUCCUCUCUUGGUUAACAAACCAACCAGAGCUGCAGCUGCCCCUGUUCCUCCUCUUCCUUGGAAUCUACCUGCUCACAGUGCUGGGGAACCUGGGAAUGAUCAUCCUGAUCCUGCUCAGCUCACAACUGCAUACCCCCAUGUACUUCUUCCUCAGCAGUCUGUCCUUCAUUGACCUCUGUUACUCCACUGUCAUUACUCCUAAAAUGCUGGUGAACUUUGACAGAAAAAAUGUCAUCUCCUACCAGGAAUAUAUAAUUCAACUCUAUUUCUUCCUUGUUUUUGUUAUAUCUGAAUGUCACAUGUUGGCUGUCAUGGCAUAUGAUUGCUAUGUUGCCAUUUGUAAUCCCUUGCUGUACAAUGUUACCAUGGAGUACCAAGUCUGUUCCUGGAUGGUAUGCUGGGUAUAUGGCGUGGGCAUCAUCUGUGCAGCAGUUCAUACUCUCUGCAUGCGAAGAGUGAUUUUCUGUAAGACUAAUGUAGUAAACCAUUACUUUUGUGAUCUUUUCCCAUUGAUGGAGAUUUCCUAUUCCAAUACUUUUGUCAAUGAAGUAUUCCUCCUGUGCCUCAGUGCUUUUAACAUCCUUGUUCCAGCCCUGGCCAUCCUGGGUUCUUAUAUCUUCAUCAUUGCUAGCAUUCUCCGUAUCAAAUCCACUGAGGGCAGAUUCAAAGCCUUCAGCACAUGCAGCUCCCAUUUCUCUGCUGUUGCUGUCUUCUUUGGUUCCUUGGCAUUUGUGUACCUACAGCCCUUCUCAGUCAGUUCCAAAGACAAAGGGAAAAUGUCCUCUGUGUUUUAUACUACUGUUGUGCCCAUGCUGAAUCCCAUGAUCUACAGCCUGAGGAACAGGGAUGUCAAACUUGCUCUAAAUAAGUUAUUUCACAAAAAGACAUUCCGUGUGUAAAGAAUUAUUUGCCAUAGAAAAGACAUAGCACUUACAACCAAUAUAUUUCAUUUUCUAACCCUCAUCAAAUUAAAUUCCAAACAAGAAACUUUAGUUCUGAGUCAAAUAUCAUCAUCCACAAUAGAAAAUCUCAGUAUCUCCUGGUGGUGUCCUCUUUUCCAUCUUCUUCUGGGGCCCUCAGCAGCAGCGGUGUGGCUUUCUGUUCAGUAAGUAGAAUAGAUUCUAUUAGAGUAAG